UCCUGAGCUUGAUAUCUGCAAACAACAUGAGGACUCUUCAGGAAAAAAUCAUUGUUCUCUCUAUUCUUCUGUCUCUGAUCUGUGCCUUUCAGGUUGAUUCACUGCCCGUAGCUGAAGAUUGGAGUGGUUUGAUCCUGCGGACCAAGCGGUCUCUCCUGUGGCGUUGGAACAGCAUGAAAGCAGUGGGCGCCAGCUGCAGGGAAAACGUGGAGUGUGGCACAAAAUACUGCAGGAAAAAUAUCUGCUCCUUCAGGAGCUCCACCUGAAGAUGAUACACAGACAAAGCAAUCCAUCACGGUGACAAACAAACAUCUGCCUCAUGGAUCAAAGCGACUGGUCUCCAAACUGUGAAAUGAUCUCUGCCAUAUUCUGUCUUGACCUGCUGGCACUUUAUCAGACUCUGUGGUUCAGAUAAUCUGAUUUGGCACUGCACUGCAACAAAACAGAGCUAUAAAAGCUGCGUUCACAUGAACAAUAAAAUGGCUCCAUCUAGAGCGAUACUGAUUUUUAUGAUUCAGUCUAUGUAAAACACUUGCAGAACACCAGGCGGGCUGUGUAAAAUGUUUUAAUAAGAAAAUAUAAAUGGUCAUGCAAAUUUUGUGAGACACCGGAGUUUAUUGAUUCAUGCUCUUAUUAUAUAUUUAUUUGUACAUAUUGUAAACAAUAUAGAUAUUUAAAUAUACUUUUUCAAGAGGUUGUGUUACCCACAUUGUGUUUGUCAACAAAUUAAAAUAUUCCUCACGGUUCCUUCUGCUUGAUUAAUGCAAUGCAAAAACAUGAUUUAAAAAACUUUGAUG